ACGUCUAUAUUUAUUCGUAUUGAGCAUGUCCAAUACCACACAAAUGUUAGUUAUGAAUAAAAAUCUUUGUUUGAAACACAACGUGUUAUUACAAACUAUAAGGCAUUCAAGUACGACAAAACAAACACCAGCUACAUACUGUUUAGAACUAGUUAGAAAAUAUGAUUAUGAGAAUUUUUUGUGCACAUUGUUAUUAUCAAACAAAAACAAAGCAAGCGCGUUUGCAAUUCGUGCAUUUAACGUUGAGAUAUCUCAAAUAAGAGAUCAAGUACAUGAUUAUAAAAUAGGAGAGAUGAGAUUACAAUUUUGGACAGAUGCAUUAAACAAUACAUACAAAGGAAACCCUCCAAGAAGUCCUGUUAUGUUGGAGUUACACAGAAUUUUAGAAGAACAUCCUCUUUCUAAACAUUAUUUCAAACGUUUAAUUGAUAUAAGACUAGAAAAGAUUCGGGAUUACUCAUUUCAAGAUAUGAGUGCAAUAGAAAAAUAUGCAGAAUAUAGUAACUCUUCGACUUAUUAUCUUCUUCUACAAGCACAUGGUGUAAAUAAUAUUAAUGCUGAUCAUGCUGCGAGUCAUAUGGGCAAGGCACAUGGCAUUAUUAAUUUAGUCCGAUCAGUUCCAUAUAAUGCCAGUAAAAGAAUAAACAUGUUACCACAAGAUAUUUUAAUGAAAUAUAAUGUUUCUACAGAGGCUGUAUUACAAGGUGAAUCAAGUAAAAAUCUCCAAGAUGUAAUAUAUGAUGUAGCUUCUCAUGGGAAAUUACAUUUAGAUGCUGCAAUUUCUCUUAAACAAAAUGUGGGAAAGGAAGCGAAUUUAAUAUUCCUGCCAAUAAUUUGUUUGCAAAAAUAUUUAAAUGAAUUAAGGAAAGCAGACUUUGAUGUCUUUAAUGCAAAACUACAGAGAAAAGAUCAUUUACUUCCUUUAUACUUAUAUUGGAAAAGUUUUAUGUAUUAAAUUCGAUAUAUUUUUAAUUAUAGAUUAAAA